AUCAGAUCAUCAUCGGAAAAUAUUUUAAUAAUCGGAGAGCAUCGUUCAAACUUGCACAACUAUGGAUGAUUUUUCAGUGUCUACCUGCAAACCACGCAAUUUGCCUUCCUUUUCAAGUAACUCACACCCUCUAUGAACCAGUCAACUCCCCUCCCCCCCCCCCCCACCCAGUUGUUCAUCGGCUUAAAUAUUUCAAAAUCAUAAAUUAGGAAUCUCGUUCAAUUUUAGAUUUACAAAUCGAAGAUCAAACAAAAUCAAAAAGCAGCGAAUUAGAAUCUAGAGAGAGAGAGAGAGGAGAGAGGAGAGAGAAAUAGUAAUGGUCCUUCCUCUAUUGAAGCUCGGAACCCUUGCCCUAAAAACUGUGAGCAAGCCCAUUGCCGCUAGGCUCAAGCAACAGGCUGGGCUCCACCCCAAGUUCAGAAACAUCAUUGUCAGCGUCGCUCAGGCCAAUCACCGGAUAACAACAACGAUGCAAAGGCGGUUAUAUGGUCAUGCGACUGAUGUUGCGAUUCGACCUUUGGAUGAAGAGAAAGCUGUUCAAGCUGCAGUCGAUCUCAUUGGGGAAGCUUUCGUCUUCUCGGUGGCAGUAGCUGCACUGUUCUUUGAGGUGCAAAGAAAUGCCCGUUCAGAAGCUAAAAAGGAGGAAAUUCGGAAACAAGAAAUGGAGGCAAUGAGGGAACGAGACGAUGAGCUGGCGAAAGAGGUGGAGCUUCUGAAGCAAAAAAUGGCAGAGAUUGAACAGAUGGCCAAAGGACGCGGACUUGCUGGGGUUUUUAAUUUCCGAAACACCGAAGAAAUCAAGAAGGUGGGGUCAGCAGCUUGAUCUGAUUAUGAUACUAUAACAAGUAAUGCAUCUAAAUCUAAUAUUGGUUGAUAAUUGUUUUUGCUCGUCGUUUGGCUUGAAUCUACACACAGGCCAUUCUGACCGGCUUGAUUUUUCGAAAAAAAAGAAAAAAAAGGGGAUGACUUCAUUUAACCGAAUCAGGAAUAAUAAUAAUAAUAAUCAUAGUAAUAGUAAUGUUUCUUUUUGGUGGCUUGAGCAAAAUUGUAAUGAGAUUUGUCAGAAGUUCUUGAGCAGUUAUGCAAUAUAAUUCUCAUUUGACCAUUUCUGUAAUGGCAUAUUAUAAUGUCUUAAAAGCAUAUAAUAGAGCUCAGAACACGAUUCUUUGUUGGUGUUGUUAGUGGGUUGUGCGCU